AUGUAUUUGACUAAUCUGUUUAAUGCUGUUGAACUAGUUACAGUUUGGCUUCAUGAUACUCCAGAGUUAUCUAAUUAUCAAUUUUAUGUAAGCGAAAUUUUAUAUAAUCAUAAUGGCCGGUUGAAGAUAAGAGAUAUUAAACUGUGGCAUCUUCAUCCAAUUGAAUAUACACAACUUCCAAUGUCAGCUCUUCAUAAUGUACCUAUAUUAAAAAUAAUGUUGGAUAUUUAUCACGAUGACUUUGAUACGUUUUGUAACAUGUAUUAUUUCUUAAAUGGAAUUUAUCUUCAAUUCUGCAAUAUGUCUUUGUGGCUAAGAAAACAAUUAAAAAAUCAUUUUGUUUUGGGUUUUGUUCUGUUUGGAAGAGAGUUUGAUGAUGUAAUGAAGCCGAUUAUAGAUGAAAUUAAAAUUUUAAAGAAAGAUCUCCUUCAAGGCAAUGAUCUUGCGGAUACAAAAUGCUAUAGUAGUAAUCAAGGAUAUAGGAGUUGUUUGGUACCUAAAGAACAAUUAAGUGAUAUUAGUUUUGAUAUUAA